AUGUUGCUGUUUCACGUAGGUCCCAUUCGAACCGACUUGGACCCCAUUGGCAUCGUGCACAACAGCUGGGAUUCCUCGCGUUUGAACGCUGCUGUCGCCCGAAUCUUGUUGGAGGAAAAGCUCGGCUUUGGCACUCUGAUGGAGGAGUUUGCAGGUUUGGAAGACGCCUUCCAUCAGCUCGACCAAGGCACGGGAGACAUUUACCUCGACGCCAACGAAGACGACUUGGCUCCUCUGAUCGACGAGCAUGUCAAUCUGCUCCAUGACGUUUUGGAUGCUGGCCCGCUUGGCAUUUACAACGAAUACGGCUGGUACAUCCCCGAGUACAUCUGGAACAUUAGCAACAAGCUGGAUAGCUACACCAGCUACAUGGACGAGAACGUCAUUUCGCUGUUUCACCUGAGCGAAAUUGUGCCCGGUACAGUGCUUGACAACACCACCUUGCACAGCACUUUUGACGAGCUUGAGGCCAUGAUGGCGAGCAGCCGCUGCAAUCCCGCACUCAACGCGACCGUCACCACGUCUGACUGCGUGGCGGCCAUUGCCGAAGUGAUCUUGCACAUUAAAGACCGCGCUCAUCUCCAUUACGCCGACAACACCAUCACACUGUGGACCAUGCCCGACGGCUGGCCCCAUGUUGUUGAUCGCGUUCUGAUUGAAAAUCUCGAGCUUCCUUUUAACGCCACCGUUCCAAUGUCCCCCCAUGGUGACAAGGCCACAAUCGAGCAUGCCCUCUCCGAUAUCAUUGAAGACCACUACGCCCUGCUGAAGCCGUUCUUGACCUACUUCUGGGAGCCCCACUACCUGUUCUCUCAUCAGUCAACGGUCCAUCUCCACCGCGUCCAACUGCCAAAGUUUGACAGCGACAAUUGCAGCAUUACGAGCGCCAACUACCGAUGCGAGUACAAGAGGCAUUCGAUGCGCAAAAUGACAAGUCUUGCUCUUCAAGAGAAAAACGAGGUUGCCUUCGACUUUGUCAAGAUGAUCCACUACGAGGAGGUUGAUCUGGAAGACAUGCUCGCAUUCAUGGAGUACGACAACAUGACUGUCGACCAAGCCGCGUGCAGCUGGUUGCUUGGACAUUACAGCGCUCUUGAACCGCACAUGCCGGAUCCUUCUCGCCUUGUGACACCCUCGGAAGUUGACAGUGGCCUGCGCGUCGCCUUUGUCAUUCUGGCCGCUCUGCUCAUCGCCUUCUUCUGUCUCUUGGCUGCUGGCACCUUCCACUACCGCCGUGUCCGUGUGGUGCUGUCUGCAAGCCCCGUGUUCCUGAUGCUGAUGCUGCUCGGCGCUGCUUGGUCCAUGUUCUGGGUCAUUCUGCUCUACGACGACGCGCCGACCGACACAAUUUGUAUUGCGCGCAUCUGGGCUCGUCAUCUCGGCUUCAGCCUGGUGUUUGGCGCCCUUGCUCUCAAGACCUACCGCAUUGCUGCCAUCUUCAACGUGAAGGCCACCAAAAAGUCCCACCAGCUGACCAACGUUCGCCUUCUGGUCCGAUUUGGUGAAAUCAACCUCUAUGUCUGCGCCUUCCUGCUGACAUGGACGGUGGCCGGCGCUCCCACAGCAACAACGAUGGUGUCUCACAACAACAGCUACGCCGUCUGCAGCAUCACUUGGUGGGACAAUGCCAUGUACCUGCAAGAGCUUGCGGCCAUGCUUGGCCUCGCGUUCCUGAGCUACCGCGUGCGCAAGGCACCCUCUGCGUUUAACGAGUGCAAGCACAUGGCGCUCGCCGUGUACAACUGGAUUAUCAUUGGCGUUAUUCUUCAGCUCAUCCUGAAUUCGACCACUGGCACGGCCGACUUUUACUUUGCCAUCCAGUCGCUCGAGGUGCUCGUGCCCGUUCCGAUUGCCAUCCUGCUUUUGUUUGUGCCCAAGUUCUACCUGACGCUGCGUGGCAAGGGCAGCGAGGUGACGACCUCCAGCUUCCGCGGAUCGAAUCCGAACGGCAGCCACCCGAAGACUCCCUCUGACCCGAGCAACUCGAAUGCCAAGGCGGCGUCUGGCGACAUGGAAAUGUCGUCUGGCAAUGGUGUGGAUAGCGAGACUGGCAGGCCUGAGCUGAGCGGCAAGGCAGCAGCAGCCGAGUACAAGAACAUUCGUCGCGAGAACAUCCGCCUGAUGCGUGAAAUUGAGGGAAUGCGAACUCAGCUCCUUCGUCUGCACAAUCCUCACUCUGGCAUUGUCGAGGUCAUGUCUUAG